CUACAAUUUACACUUUCUCUGUGAAGUCAGUAGUUGUUGGAUGACCGUGGUGCUUUGAUGCACUGUUACCAAGAUAUUGAGAGUAUUACUGCCGUUAUUUGAGGGUCAAUUGUACAUCCUAGUAUUCCCAAUACUGCAUAGUAUUAGCAGUGGAGUUCGUAUAUAGUGUGCAUCCACGUAUAUUUGGUGUACAUUGUGAAUUUGCAGUUGGUAUAAGCGAUGUCUGGUGCUGUUCGGAGGUCGACGCGAAUCAAGAAGAAGCCUGCAUAUCUUCAAGAUUACGAGUGGGAAAAUAUCCGAGAAGAUCAACCUGAGAUGGAACCGAAGCAGCCACAAACAUUGGAUCUCCGUCCAGAUGUUGAUGGUCAGAUGAGAAGAUUGAACGCCUUCCUCGAUGAUGGGUCCGACUCCUCCUACGUUCGUCGAUCCGUCCUGUCUGAGCUGGGGAUUUCCAGAAUUGAGGACCACACGAUCACCAUGUCAACUAUGACGACGACUGGUACAAAGGUCAAGAGUGGUACAGUAACCCUGUCGGUGGAGAGUUUGAAUGGCAACCUAAGGGCAAAGAGAAUCCUGCAGAUGUAGCCACGAGAGGGAUGUCGGUGGAGGAUCUGACCAGUCCGAAUGUAUGGUUCCAGGGCCCGGAAUUCUUACAUAAGGAAGAGAGCCAGUGGCCGACGUGUAAGACUCUGAUCAACCCUACAGACCAAGCUGUAAUCGAGUCUUCCAAGUCGUGUGUGCAGACAAAUGCCAUGGUUGCAGUUUCAACACCAGAACUUCUCGAAAGAAUGAACU